AUGGACCCCAACACCCUCCACAAGGCCAUCACGCUCGCCUUUACCUCGCGCGACAGGGCGUACGCUCCGUACUCCAAGUUCCGCGUCGGCGCCUCCAUCCUCAUGGAGGACGGCACCCUCGUGGGCGGGUGCAACGUCGAGAACGCCAGCUACGGCGCGGGCAUCUGCGCCGAGCGCACCGCCAUCACAAAGGCUAUCAGCGAGGGCCACUCCCGCGUCCAAGCCGUCAUCGUGACCUCGGACCUCCCCACGCCCACCAUCUCGCCGUGCGGCAUCUGUCGCCAGGUGAUUCGCGAAUUCGCGCCCCUCUCCGCCCCAGUGUACAUGGUCGCGGCGGGGUAUCACGAAAAGUAUGGGCAGCAAGACACGGCGCCCGCGUUCUUGGUCGCGAACGACGGGGAAGCGUUUGCGGUGGCACAGGAUAAGGACAUGGUGUGUACCAUGACCCUGGACGAGCUGCUGCCCAUGAGCUUUGGGCCCGAGCACCUCGUCAGGUAG